AUGGCACGUCCUGACCGCGGCACCACAACUACUGAUUUCACGUGCCGCUGCCGCGUCUCGUCUCAAUAUCUGCGCUCGCGACCAAGUGGAUCGGGACAGUAUCUUCUCUGCACAACCAAUGACGGUCUUUUUGCCGUCUGCCGCCUUGCACUGGGCGCUUCAGACGUCAAUGAUCCGAUUCAGAUCGAUGCGUCCGUGACGAUCCAACGCAAAUCGCGGGUUUUCAGUGAUUUACAGCCAUCUCUUCUUGCCCAGAGCGCUAUUUCCAAUGUGAUCAGUCCCAACUAUGAGCUGCACUACAUCGCUCCGAGAGCUGUGCAUGUCGCUGUGGCGGUGACGCUAGAGCUGCUGCCUUCGUCAGCGACCAAGCACCAACAGAACCAACUGCUUCAGGACGCUGAUACACGCUCCUUGUUGCAGCAGACAAUUCGGCGCAACUAUGUUGUUUGUUUGGAUGCAAGAGUGAGGCUUCCGACACUUGACGGACUCGUGACGGAACAAGAGGAGCACAUAAUGACCUUCCGUGUGGUUUCGACGUACCCGACAGGGGCCUUCGUGCGGAUAACGCCUGGUACCCGCGUCACAUUUACGGAUCCCAGUGAAUCUGUUAGACCAAGUGCAGACAAAAGGAGAGAGGAGACGAGUGGUGACUCGAUCGAGGUAUGUGUGGAAUCGCAACAGAACAACGGAGGAGUAAUCAUAGGAGGCAUGGAGAAAGAGCGAGCUGCUUUACGUGAGCUGAUUGUUCUGCCAAUCACUCAUCCACGACUGCGCUCGGACGUAGGCGUUGAGUUUCCGAAGGGUGUCUUACUAUGUGGACCGCCAGGUGUGGGCAAAACACUGCUUGUGCGCUCGGUCGUUCAUGAGUGUCGUCAGGUGAAAGAUGCGUCCGGCGCUAUGUUGGAUUUAAAUUUGCAAGUUAUAAAUGGAUCCGAGUACAUCACUAGUGGACGCGGUGAUGCGGAGCGAGCUUUGCGUGAAACGUUCGAAAAGGCAGUGGCCCACGCUCGUAGUGCGCAACACGCUGCUAGCGUAAUCUUUAUCGACGAAAUAGAUGCACUGUGUCCUAAGCGCCAAGCUACUGGAGGGUGGAGCUCGUCAGCACACAGCCGUAUCGUUGCCCAGUUGCUUACGUUGUUGGACGGUGUAGAGGGUGGUCUCUCGCAGGAGAACGUGGUUGUUGUCGCUGCGACGAACCUGCCUAAUUCAAUUGAUCCCGCAUUACGUCGACCAGGACGCUUUGACCGCGAGAUUCUGGUACCCCCGCCAGAUGCAGCAUUGCGUAAAACGAUUUUCAGGGUGAAUCUUUAUCGAACACAUUACGCCAUAAGCAGUGGGUCACAGGAAAAUGCAGAGAAAGAAAAGCUACGUGACAGUUUUCUCAACACGUUGGCUGCGAAGGCCGUAGGCUACGUUGGCGCUGACAUCGUUUCUCUGUGUCGUGAAGCUGCUAUGAUAGCAUCCACACGGCAGCUUGUGGCCCUUUCUCAAGAUCGUGAGCUCGAGCAGUGGUGGGUAGACUGGAAACGAAGAGGAGAACCACUCACUGCUGCCAAGGGUCAAUCGACAACGCUUGGUUCCAUAGUCGCCGGUCGAGCUUGGCACACAAAUCCUGCUGCGAUUAUUCCGCUGUGGUUUCUUGUCAAACAAAGUAAACACCAUGAUGCUAGCAAGAAUGCUGAGAAGGACCAGCAACAAGUAUCGCAGUCGGGAUUUUUUCACUUUUUACUUGGGAUCGAGCAGAAGCGCACAUUUGCUUCGCCAUGUCCCGGUAAGGACGAAGAAAAGACAGCGCGGAGCUUUGAGGUGACUAUGUCAGACUUCGACCAAGCUAUGCAGACUAUCGUACCUUCGGCUCUUCGAGGCGCGAGUGGAUUUAUGAGAGACUUUGAAAGACAUGGCUGGGACAGUAUCGGUGGUCAAGUAGAAACCAAGCGCGCGCUGCAGCAGGCACUCGAGUGGCCCAUCAAGUAUCCGCAGACUUUUGCCCGUCUUGGCGUCAAACCUCCCCGCGGUGUAUUGCUUUACGGCCCGCCUGGAUGCAGUAAGAGCUCUGUUGUGCGUGCAGCGGCUCAUUCAAGUGGUGCUACUUUUCUUUCGCUCUCCGCGGCACAAAUAUUCUCGCCGUUCUUUGGUGAUGCUGAGGCUGCCGUCCGUCAGGUCUUUCGUGAUGCACGUGCAGCACUUCCUGCGAUCGUCUUCUUUGACGAGAUUGACGUGAUGGUUGCCAAGCGCGACUUCGACGGGUCGGGAAAUGGAGAAGGCACUAACUCGACUGCGACGCGUGUUCUUUCCACUAUGCUUAACGAGAUGGACGGUGUCGAAUCGGCAGAAGGACUCCUGGUCAUCGGUGCGACGAACCGACCGGCUUGUAUUGAUGCAGCUCUCAUGCGGCCUGGACGGUUCGAUCGCAUCGUGUUUGUCGAUCUACCAACGGAAUCCGACCGUGUCGACAUUUUGCGUAUUCACUCACGUCCGAUGCAGCUGCACGAUGAUGUCGACUUGAUCAGUUUGGCAAACCGGACGCCAUUUUUCAGCGGAGCCGAACUGGAGAAUCUCUGUCGUGAAGCGGCGCUGCUCGCUCUUCGUGAGUCGCUCGAUGCCGAAAACGUUCGCAUGUGUCAUUUCGACAACGCUCUUUGCGACAUUAUUCCCGUAUCCUCAAAAGAGUCCAUGAGCACGUACAUGGACUUUGCUAAAGCUAUGGGCCACCUUUCAUAA